AUUUCCGGACGUGUGAGAGUGUACGGAGAGCUCUCCAAAAGCUUCCGCACACAAAGCGGUGUCCGUCAGGGAUGCCCACUCUCUCCAUUCCUUUUUAACUUCGUGAUCGAUGAAAUAAUGAGACGAACACUGGAGGGUCUCCAAAACCCUGGUGUUCAAAUAGCCAGUGAAGAAAACCUUGUCGAUCUGGAAUAUGCAGACGACAUCGUUCUCAUGUUCGAAGAGGAGGAGAAGGCGCAAGUAUUCUUGGAUGAACUGACCAAAGUCAUCCCGUCCUUUGAAAAAUCACUUGUAUCUGAGACAGACGAGUUAGCCAAAACAGAUCCCAAGAAAUUGCGUCUCGUUGUGAUUGAUGGAAGUAACGUUGCUUACGAGUAUGGAAACAAACAGUUCAAUCCCGAGGGAAUUCGUUUGGCGGUCGAGUUUUUCACACAGCGCGGUCACACCAAUGUGGUCGCAGUUGUUCCCCGUUUCCGACAGGCCAAGGGUGGUCUACUGUUUGAUAAACUAGAACGGGAGGGUCAUCUCUACUAUUCUCCAUCUCGACUGGUAAACGGCAUUCAGCGAGCAUCCGACGAUGACAAGGUCAUUCUGGAAGUUGCCGCCAGAGAAAAUGGUGUUGUCGUGUCAAAUGACCAAUUUAGGAACUAUCUACAUAUUGAUCGUUUAAGGAGUGUCAUCGAAAACAGACUCCCUUUCGUUAUGAUACGGAACGCUUUCUUUGUCACGGAUGAUCCGCAUGGACGUGACGGACCAUCUCUUUCCCAGUGCCUUCAACUUCCUUAACGCCCGAAGAUGGAUGUUCCUAGUUUCUCUUUGAUAUCCGGUGCAUUCCAACUGCCAAUCGCCUGUGGUUUGACAAUCUACCGAUAGCUUUCGUGAAUACUUCGUUCGGUUGUUCCCUGAUUGAAAAUCCGAGCUCAAAGACUGAUUCCCAUUAUUUCCUAAGUGCUUUUUUUGAUUACCCACAUUUUUCCUCCCUUGAUUUUAUAUGGAACAUUUUGUUCUUUUAGACCUCUAUUGAACUUGGUAUUACGCCG